UUGGUGAACGAUGCCAAGAAGACACAAGCAGACCAAAAGGCUCAGCUUCUUCGGUUUCUGCAGUGGCAGAGCACUCCAGGCGUCAACCUCGUACAGAAUGAAACAGAUGCCGUCGCCUGCUGCUUGUCAUUGGGGACCAGGGACCUGUACAGCAUCCUGGACAACUUUGGUUCUACGGCCCUUGCGCUUGCCUGUAGAUGGGGCAUGCAGCAGCUUGCACAAGUCAUUCUGACGACUGCCGCGCUGACUCAGGAGCGCAGCGCUUAUGUGAACAAGCCCAACGACAUGGGAUGGACGCCCCUUCUGCUGGCAGCGCAAAACGGUCACCAUCUCAUAUGCGAAGACCUGUUGCUAGCGCAGGCCGACCCCAACCUUCCCACUGAAGGCACUCGACUGUCCGCACUUGCUUUGGCUGCCUCCUAUGGACACGUGAACACUGUCAAGCUCCUGCUGGAUCUGGAAUGGACGAGGCCACCAAUGAAUCGAGCUCAUCCCUGGAUGCUCUCUUCCGAUGGUCGCUCAGCCUUGCACUUUGUCCGCGAGCGGCUACAAUCAAAAUUGAGAUUGGCUGGUGAUGCAGAUGCAGAGGCUCUGGACAACUAUGGGAUUCUGAAACCCCAGCGCACUGAACUUCCAGAGGACUACAAUAACAUUGAGCGAAUGCUUAUUCACUCAAUGCGGGUGGUGCCACCUCCCCCGGGAUUUGAGGCUCAGGUGCAGGAUGAAUACCUUGACGUCGGCACAUGGCAUCAGAUUCUCGAGGAGCUGGAUCUAUUGCGCAAGAAGCCUGCCAGGAAAACACUCCACAGACGUUGA